AUGCAACAGCCACCUCAAACAGGAACGAAAUUUGCAACAGAAAAAGAUGUUAAACAAGCACUUGACUGUAUUGAUAAACAACAAUUACUUAGCGCUAUAGAAGAAGUAAAAAAACUUGUUCAAACUGACCGUAAAAAAGCAAAAACAAUUCUUUCAGAAAACCCAUCAUUAGCAUAUGGAAUUCUUGAAGCUUUACAUACAAUGCAAAUGAUUGAUAAACAAACCUAUGAUGCACUAACUGGGAAUAAUCAAUGA